GAUGCGAAUAUGUCGACCACUUGACAAUUGACAUUAACAUAUGUAGAGGCGUAGUGUGAUUUUCAAGCUCAUCGAAGAAAGGUUUGACAAUGGCGUCAUCGCUGGCGAUAGCAUGACGGCAGCAGUUACGUUAUCGUCUUCCCUUUCCCCUUAUAAACUCACUUCACUUGCCAACCAUCAACUGGCAAGUGACAACACUCAACAGGCCACUACUCUGAAUUCUGGAACAUCGAGUUCGAUCAAAUCCCGAAUUUGUUGAAGCCCUAAUUAGGCGAAAUGGGAGUGAAUGUGCCGAGAGUCAAGCUGGGGUCGCAGGGCCUUGAGGUGUCCAAACAAGGCCUCGGCUGCAUGGGCAUGUCCGCCAGCUACGGCCAGCCGAAGCCCGAGCCCGAGAUGAUCCAACUCAUCCACCACGCCAUCAACUCCGGCGUCACAUUUCUCGACACCUCCGAUGCCUAUGGUCCCCAUACCAACGAAAUUCUUAUUGGAAAGGCUUUAAAAGGGGGGAUGAGGGAGAAAGUGCAAAUUGCUUCUAAGUUUGGGAUAUUACACAGGGAUGUGAAACUGGAUAUACAUGGUGAACCAGAAUAUGUGAGGGCUGCAUGCGAGGCGAGCUUGAAGCGUCUUGAUAUUGACUGUAUUGAUCUUUAUUACAUUCAUAGGAUCGACACUCGUGUGCCCAUUGAAGUCACAAUGGGAGAACUUAAGAAACUGGUUGAAGAAGGGAAAAUAAAAUAUGUUGGGCUCUCAGAGGCCUCUGCUUCGACAAUAAGAAGGGCUCAUGCUGUUCACCCAAUUACUGCCGUCCAGAAUGAAUGGUCAUUGUGGUCAAGAGAUUUGGAAGAAGAAUUAAUUCCUACUUGCAGAGAACUUGGCAUUGGAAUUGUCCCAUACAGUCCGCUCGGACGUGGCUUCUUUUCAGUAGGUCCCAAGUUGAUACAGAACUUGCCAGAGGGCGACAUGCGUAAGCUCUUUCCAAGGUUCAAGGCUGAGAAUUUUGAAACCAACAAGGUUGUAUAUGAAAAGAUCAGUGAAAUGGCUACGAGAAAAGGCUGCACCCCGUCUCAACUGGCUUUAGCUUGGGUUCAUCACCAAGGAGAUGACGUGUGCCCUAUACCCGGCACCACCAAGAUCGACAAUAUCAAUGAGAAUAUUGGAGCUCUCUCGGUGAAACUAACUCCAGAAGAGAUGGAUCAGCUCUCGGCUUUGGCUGACAUGGUUAAGGGGGAGAGGCAUGUGUUCAUGGAGAAUACAUGGAUACAUUCCAACACGCCACCAUUGUCAUCUUGGAAAGUCCAUACCUGAGACCACCCUCUUCUAAUUUGAACAAAAAAGAAGAAAAAAUAAAAUAAAAAAAAUGUAAGUUUGAUCGUCUGAAAAUCUAUUUCCACUUCUGUAAACUGUUUUCGUCUCUCGAAUUUGCUAGUUUUUCCAAGGUUUCACGGCUCAGAGUGAGAACCUUGAAAGCAACUGGCGUUCAUGAAAAUAAACAUUUUAAUCUA